UGCUUGAAAAUACAAAAAUAUAAUAGAAAAUAUAAGAGGAGGAGCGUAACGACCCAAAAAAAAAAGGAGGUUAUAUAAAUGGGAGAAGGUUGAAGAGGAAGAAGGAAGGAAGGAAGAAAAUGGGGAAAGGACUAUUAAUGUUGUUGGUUUGGAAGUGUGUGCUAGUUGUGGCCAUUGAAGCAGCUCCUGAAGGUUCUAUUGUAACUCAUUUGCCUGGCUUCACUUCCGUUUUUCCAUCAAAACAUUACUCUGGGUAUAUCAAGAUUGAUCAAAUUGAGAGCGGGAAAAGGCUGUUUUAUUACUUCGUCACGUCGGAGCGGAGCCCGGCGGAGGAUCCGGUGGUUCUCUGGCUCAACGGCGGCCCUGGUUGCUCUAGCUUCGACGCCUUUGUUUAUGAACACGGACCUUUCAAUUUUGAGGAAGGAAAGCCAAAGGGAACCCUACCCACCUUACAUCUCAAUCCUUACAGCUGGUCCAAGGUUUCAAAUAUUAUAUAUUUGGAUUCUCCUGCUGGGGUUGGCUUAUCUUACUCAUCAAACAAAGACAAUUACAUAACAGGAGACAUUCAAACUGCUUCUGAUACCCACAAUUUCCUUCUCAAAUGGUUUAAGGAAUUUCCAGAGUUCCUUAAAAAUCCAUUUUACAUAGCAGGAGAGUCUUUUGCAGGCAUCUAUGUCCCUACACUUGCUUCUCAACUUGUUAAAGGGCUCAAAAGUGGAGUUGUACCCGUCAUAAAUUUAAAGGGGUACAUGGUGGGGAAUGGUGUGACGGACCAAAAGUUUGAUGGCAAUGCUCUCGUCCCCUUUGCAUAUGGCAUGGCCCUCAUCUCAGACGCUAUCUUUAAGGAAGCUGAAGCAUCUUGUGGUGGAAAUUACUACAGCCCUCAAACUAGCGAAUGCUUUGAUAAGCUUGACCGAGUUGACCAGGCUCUAGAGGGAUUAAACAUAUACGACAUAUUGGAGCCAUGUUAUCACACACCAAGCACAAAAAUGAACGAAAGCAACACAAAUUUGCCGCCGAGUUUUCAACAACUUGGGGAGACGGAGAAGCCUUUGGCCGUGAGGACGCGGAUGUUCGGUCGUGCUUGGCCGUUUAGGGCGCCGGUGCGCGACGGCAUCGUCCCUCUUUGGCCUCAACUAGCUCAUGAUAAUACCAAAUCCACUGUCCUAUGUAUGAAUGACGAAGUUGCAACGACAUGGUUGAACGACGAAUCUGUGAGAAUGGCCAUUCACGCUGAGCCGCAAAGUGUGAUAGGUCCAUGGGAGCUGUGUACUCAUAGGAUAAGCUACAGUCACAAUGCUGGAAGCAUGAUUCCUUAUCAUAGGAACCUUACUUCUCAGGGUUAUAAAGCCCUUAUUUUCAGUGGAGACCAUGAUAUGUGCGUGCCAUAUACGGGAAGUCAAGCAUGGACUUCUUCACUUGGAUACAAAAUUGUUGAUGAAUGGAGGCCAUGGUUCUCCAAUUCCCAAGUUUCAGGGUAUUUACAAGGAUAUGAGCACAAUCUCACUUUCAUCACCAUAAAGGGAGCGGGACAUACUGUGCCUGAGUACAAGCCAAGAGAGGCAUUAGAUUUCUAUAGUCGAUGGUUAGAAGGAAACCCAAUAUGAUCCAAAUUUAAUAAUCUUUUUAUUGAAAAAGGAUGAUUAAAAAAAAAAAAACUCAUUCUUAUCCUUCUUGUUUGAAUGAAAAUUCAUAUACCACAUUCACAUAUUAUGAAUAAAAUUCUCUCUCUUAAUUGAAUAA